CGCUAUCCGGGCAGAACUAUUCAACCGGAUCAAAACAUGGCAUCUUUUGAUGUCGUUUCAAUAUUUAAAUCUAUCCCUCCGAACCUGGCGGGCGACGUCCUACGCAAACGGCUCGAAGAGACGUACGAUGAAUCGAGGGGUCCUCUAAAAAUUGACCAUCUCAUGAAACUCAUAGUCUUCUGCCAAAUAAAUUUUCUUCACAUUCUCAUUGCAGGACUAGUCUUACAGGAGCUGGAAAAAGUCGCCUUCGAGAAACUUGAACAUGUAUUCUGGUGCCGAUACGCGGGUGACACUUUCGUUAUAAUCGAACGGAGCAGGCUAGCAGACUUCCGAAACCUGCCUAACGGUAUCUUCCCUGACAUCCAAUUCACAAGGGAGGAAGAGAGUGCCAGACUACUACCGUUCCUGGAUGUCCUCGUCACGCGCAGACCCAACGGGGAACUCAGCACCACGGUUUAUAGAAAGAGACUAACAUAA